AUAUACAUUUUUUCCCCCAAUUGAUCUGAACUGCAAGCACUCCACAAAUAAAAGACGAAGGAGAAUAAGAAGCAUUAUAUUCUCAGGACUUGAGCAUUAGAAAACUCAGUACAAAAUCAAAUGAAAGCUUUGGGUGGCAAUGGGGGGUUCUUGUGGUGGAACGGCCUUCUCAAGAGACGUGGACUUCAUUCCCAGAGAAGAGAGUUCUCAAAAUCCUCUAAUUCGGAUGUGGGUGGAAGAGCAGGUGGGGGAAGAGGUUUUAAUUUCCCACUCAAGCAGGCAGCAACGGCAGCUUCUCUUGCUCUCACUGGUGACGCCAUCGCCCAGGUCAGUGCCCGGCGGAAGGCUCUCCAACGAUUGGAUUCCAACAACCAGGAAAGCAUGUCAACCAUUCUUGCAAAUCAUGAUUGGGUCCGAGGACUAAGGAUGGCUUCCUAUGGGUUUCUCUUAUAUGGUCCAGGCUCCUAUGCAUGGUACCAGUUUCUUGAGCGUCGCUUGCCUAAGCAAUCAAUACAGAAUAUGUUUUUUAAGGUUUUUUUGAAUCAAAUUGUACUUGGUCCAAGUGUGAUCGCUGUAGUCUUUGCAUGGAAUAAUAUAUGGCAAAAGAAGCUCUCAGAGCUUCCAGCCAAGUACCAGAAGGAUGCCCUUCCUACUCUAUUUUAUGGAUUUAGGUUUUGGAUUCCUGUCAGCAUACUGAAUUUCUGGUUGAUUCCUCUUCAAACGCGUGUAGCUUUCAUGUCUACCUGCUCCAUAUUUUGGAACUUCUACUUAUCUUCAACCAUGAGCAAGUGACCUCUUCAGUUCUUUCUCCAGUAAUUCCAAUGCUUCAAAGAUACAAAUGUGGUAGUCUAAACUUUCUUCUGCUGCUGACUCCUUAAUACCAGCAUAUCAGUUGCCGCCCAAUAUCAAGAGAAGAUGGAAGAAUCGGAGGGAUUAUUUUUUCAUCAUGUUACCAAUUGGCUAUUUUAUGUUUAAGAAAAAAAAAACACUGAAAAUUAGUGCUUGCAUGAGUUUUCUUCUGAACUUUAUUUUUUUUAAUGUACUACUAUUUUUAUGCAAGUCAUGAUUGCUGACUGCUACUGUCCAUGAGGAUUUCAUGCACUUGAUCUUAAGAUUGGGGUUUUGCUUCUAAUUAUGAAUCA